AUGCCAGCCACGAAGCGGCCCGGGACGCAUCAGUUCGGAAAGAGUUCAGGAAUCGUGUUGGAUAUCGGUAUCGUUGGCGCGGGUAUCGCCGGGCUGACGGCGGCGGCGGCGGCCACGUUGAUCCGCUUGGGACACAGCGUGUACGAGCGAUCCCGCUUCGCAAACAAGCUGGGAGCCGCCGUCAACGUCGGCCCCAAUGCUGCCCCGGUCCUAGACGCCAUCGGCUUUGAUCGAAAAAAGGCCAGGUUGGUGGAAGUGAUGGAGGGGAAGCAGUUUGAUGGUGCCACCCUAAAGGUGAACUACAGCGGUAAAUACGACGACUUCGCGUCUAGGUUCCACGCCCCGUGGUAUUUCUCUCACCGGGUUGAUCUACACAACGAACUCAAAAGACUCGCUCUGGAACCCCCUGCCGGCGUCACCCCCGCCACUCUGCACCUGUCUUCGCCCGUCGCGUCCGUCGACUGUGAGGCCGGCCUCUUGAAGUUCCAAGACGGGACCGAGCUACAGAAAGACCUCAUUGUAGGCGCUGAUGGUCUUCACUCCGUCGUGGCCCGUAGCGUCCUCGGCACCGACAUCCCCGCCGGCGUCGUAAACGAGUGCGCGUAUCGGUUCCUUAUUCCAACCUCCAAGCUUCUCAACAACCUAGUCACCAAGCCCCUCUUCCAGGAGGACGUGGCGACCUUUCAUGUUGCCACGGGUUCCGACAGGAGGCUCGUUUGGUAUCCGUGCAGAGAUGGCCAAGUACAAAAUUUUGUUGCCUUGCACCCGAGCUCUGUGUACAAAAAGGGCCCGGCCGCAAAGGAAGACUGGCACGGGCGAGGCAAUGUCGACGACUUGGUGGAGACAUUCUCUGGAUUCCACCCUUCCCUGGUUGAGAUUUGCCGACACGCACGACUGCGAAGCUUGUGGCUCAAAACCCUACGUGAUCUGUCUGACGUGGCCGCGGGAUUGAUUAGCAACGCCGAGGAUCUCAAGCUGUGGCAGCUUGCGUACCGUGGGCCCAUUCGUCAGUGGACCAGCGGCAAGGCAAUUCUCAUCGGAGACGCUGCUCAUCCGAUGCUUCCACACCAAGGACAGGGCGCGAACCAGGCCAUCGAGGAUGCCGGUGCUCUCGGAGUAUUCCUCGCCAACGUCAAGGACCGCAACGAGGUCCCGCGACGGCUCGAAUCGGUCCAGAACAUUCGCCGAGAUAGGGCUGGAGCCAUGCAGAUCUUCUCAAACGCCGGGCAAGACGAGUCUCACCGGAUCGAAAAGGAGGUCCAGCCAUUCAUCAAGGGGCCUGUUCCUAAAAACCAGGCAGAGUUCCACGACUGGAACUUCUCGUACAACAUUCUGACCGAUUGUCAAGACAAUGUAGCAAGGCUGUACUAG